ACUGACGAAGCUUCUAAUGUGCAACUAAGGAGCAAAACAACCAGGGUGGCAGAAGAUUAAGACAGACACACUAUGAGGAUGAAAGUCUUCAUUUUCCUGGUGGUGAAUGUGGCAGUUUCAUCAGCAAUCCCCACAAAGCCAAAUGGACCAAUGAUAGUGGACAUUGGAGAAGACAAAGACAUUCCAGAAAUAAACAAGGAUUUAUCUGAUGAUAUCUUGGAGGUUCCAAACACACAAAGGAGUGUUGUCAUUGGUGAUAACAAACUGUGGACGUCUCCAGUUCCAUAUGUCUUGGAAAAGGACCUUGAGAUAAAUGCUAAAGGAAUCAUCCUGAGAGCAUUUGACCAGUUCAGGCUGAAAUCAUGUAUUGACUUCAAACCAAGGGACUCGGAGGAAUAUUACAUUUCUGUCCAAAAGCUGAGUGGAUGCUUUUCAUAUAUUGGGCGAGUUUUUGCCAGUGGACAGAACCUCUCCAUCGGGAGAGAUUGUGAUAGCUUAGCCACUGUUGAACAUGAGUUUCUCCAUGCCCUCGGCUUCUACCAUGAACAAUCCAGAUACGACAGAGAUGAUUAUGUGACGAUUGCACUUGAAAACAUCAUAAAAGGUCGUGAGCAUAAUUUUCGCAUAGUUAGCAGCGAAGACAGCACCACCCAGGGAGUCCCAUAUGACUACCUCUCAGUGAUGCACUAUGGCAAAAAAUUUUUCUCCAAUGGCAAUGGAUUAACAGUUAUCACCAAAGAUCCAAAGUUCCAGGAUGUGAUUGGUCAAAGGCUGGAAAUGAGUCCCCGUGAUGUUAUGGAGCUGAACCUACUCUACAAAUGCAAUUCAUCCAUUGCCUUUAAGAUGUACUGUGGCUUUUCUGAAGAGACUAUCUGUGACAUGAGCCGCUGUUCACGCACUGGUACUGGCUGGGAAAGAGUACAACAUGUUAGUGGGGGUCCUACCGCUGACCACACCAGUCUACCCAAUGGAAAUAAUGAUCAAGGUCAAGGUUCAGGUCACUUCAUGCAUGCUAGCACAGCAUCAGGUCAGGAGGGAGACUCAGCCUGGCUGGAGACCCAGAGGAUGAGUCUCAACAGGGAGUGUCCCAGCCAGUGCCUCCAGUUCUACUAUUACCACAGUGGGAACCAGUCAGACCAACUCAACAUCUGGAUGAGAGAGUUUCAAGAUGAACAGGACUCCACAGGAACCCUCCGCCUCAUGGCACAGAUCACUGGGACACCAACAUCUCACUGGCAGCUCCAGCAUGUUCCUCUGAAUGCCACCAAGAACUUCCAGGUGGAGUUUGAGGUUCGUAAAGGACCAGGGAACUCUACGGGUGGCUUCUCAAUUGAUGACAUCAAUCUGUCUGAGACAGAGUGUCCACAUCUAACCAUGCAGAUGGAUGAGUUUGAGAAGGUUUUGAACACCACUGAGUUUUCAGCCAUUAAAUACAGCCGACGGCAGUACUCCAGAGAGGGCUAUGCUUACAGGAUAGCAACAACAUUCGAUGGACAAUUCUUUACAAUGUAUGUGCAACUCGUGUCUGGUGACUAUGAUGACCAGCUGGAGUGGCCUUGCCCAUAUAGACAGGUGACUGUUAAAAUGCUGGAUCAGAACCCCAACAUACAGCUGCAGAUGUCAAAGGAAAGGAGUCUCACCACUGACCCAAACUGGAAUGAUGGAAAUGGUACCUACUACUGGGACAAUCCCCGUAAGAUUGGAACUGAAGUUACAGAUGAAUAUAAUGACACAUUCUUUGCUGGAUUUCGGAUUGGCUGGAACAAUCUGGCAUCUUUGGAAGAAAUUCAAUCCAGAGAGUUCCUCAAGGGAGGGAGUGCCAUUUUUGUUUCCAGUUUCCAAGAUCUCACUCCUCUUAUAAAUGGAAGUGCGCUUCCAUGUCCUCAGAUCCCAACAGUGAGGAUUACAAAUCCGCCCCAAGCUCAGGAUAAUGGCCCAUGUUCACGCAGUGCUGGCUUCUCUCCUGGCAUGGUGGCUUCUCCUUUACUCACCUUCCUGCUUACACUGAUGUUUUUGACUCCUUGAAUUCCUGAUAUCGAUGCCCUCCACCGUCAUCUCACCUCUUUACAAGGACAGUAGCAGCAAAUAUACUAAAUUGCUUUAAGGUUUCAGAUUAUUAAAAGAAAUUAAAAGAGAAGGACACAAUGGGCAAUGGAUACUGAUCUAAUUCAAUGUUUCACUUUCUGAGGUGGGAUAAUUUUUUAUUUUUUUUUUGAUUGGUUUAUUACAUAAAAUAUGAUUCAUUGCUUCUAUCUUUUUGUAUCUACGUAUAUACGCUUGUAAACAAAGUGUGCUUUUAAUAUUGUUAUUUUUUGAUUUAGACAUGCGAUAAUCAGUUGAGUUUUUUUAGAUUCUAUGUAGAAGUGUGAAUAUUAAUGUAAUUAACAUUCAUAUAAUCAAAAAAAGAAUGAGGUCCUAGAUAAUGGGAGGGUCAAGUGCAUCAAUCUCAUUUAAGCUUACUUGUGUAGGGUUGAUACAUUUUGAGAAAGUAGCAAUCAGCUGACUAGGACAGAGCAAGAAGGAAACAUAUAGCUACUCUGAGAGACAAAAUAGACAACAAUGAGGAGCUAUUCUGAAGUGAUAAAGGUUGCGAAGGAGGGGGUGACAGAGCUGCAAGGGUCAAGGAUGAACGUGGAACAGAACAUGUGAGGUCUAUGUAAGGGAGGAUCAGGUAGGAAGGACUUUUACAGGGCACUGCCCCAGGGGAUUGGAGGACCUGAGAGGCCAAGGGUUGGGACCGACCUGUCCCCCAACAAUGGGAGAGUUAAGUCUAAACCACGACUCCUCCCCACCUGUAGCCAACCAAUCAUAUUCAUUUUGUUGAAACUGUUAUAAUGGUGUGAAACUACUGAAAAUCAUCCUUUUCUGUACAUUGGUCAAGGUUAACUGAACAGACAAGGUCCAUGCGCAUUCAUUUCUAUAUUCCAAAAUAUAUUUGAAAUAAAUAGCUUAGAUUGAACACACCGACAAUAUCAUGGGUCUAGAAAUAUGAUUGUUCUUGUGAAAAUAAAAAAAUACACUUUAACCACGACUCUCACAGUAAAAUGUGCAGAAUUUACUAAACAGACUGGUUGAACGUUCAGAGUUCAGAGACAUAAAAUCAAAUAAUCUGAACGUGGAUUCUAUGCUUUGAGACAAAGAACAUUACAGAACUUAGUGAAGUGUCAUUUUAAAACUUACAACAGGAGAAAUCUCUUCUCACUUGGAAUGAGACGUCACUUCAGGCAAAUGUUUUGUUGUUGUUUCGUGACUGCUGAGAAAAUGUUCUUCUAUUGGAGUUGCCUGUUUUACAUGGACAAGGAACUGCCGGUGUUACAUGCAAGAAUUCAAGUUGCGUGUGAUGGAAAUGAUGUGCCAAUUCCUCUCAACAACCAGACGUUCUGAACGUUUUGCAUUUAGUGGAAUAUUCCAGUCCAACGCAACAAAUGACUUCAAGCUACUCAGGACCUUUGAGAGCAAUGUUGAGCUGAAUUCAAAUUUUUUUUAAGCAAGCCUUUAGAUCUUAAAAUAAAAAAUAAAACCCUUCAAUAGAGUAGAGAUGUCAGACUGUUAAUGGUUAACAAGUUUCACCAUCACUCCCUAACAAGGUUUCAAUCAUUAUCCCAUAAUCUGAACCCCCUGAAUCAAAUGUGUAAGAUCAGAAGGUGUGCUAAAUGUUGGGAAGGGCCAUGGAAUGUCAGUUUUGACAAGUAUUGCAUACAAGGAAGGCAAUAUCAUUGUGAAUAUUCUUGGCACUGGGUGCAUGUUUUUGUUAAGAUCUGUCAAACUUGUUUUAAAGUAUCACUAAAAUGUGUCCUCACAGCCAAAGCUUGUCGUACGGAGCUGAGGAAAUGAGAAUCAAGGUGGCACAAGGCACCUGAUUCUCAUAUGAAUGUAUGUUUUUCUGUUUUAGAUGCUUUUCAUAUGUGGGGCAAACUUUUUCUGGUGGAUAGAACCUCUCCAUCAGGAGAAAUUGUGAUAGCUUAGCCAUUGUUGAACAUGAGAUUCUCCAUGCCCUCGUAUGGAAGUUUUUCUGAGCCAUCAGAGUUUGAUUAUGAAUUGCUAAAUAAAUGUAGUUUGC